AUGUUGGGACAGGAAAGGGAGCUGGUAAAGAUGGUGUGCACAGAGUUCGAGGAGGAGAUCGUUGCGAGUCAUAGGAGGCAGGACGGAGACAGAGAGCUGCGCAUGAAAGAGGACGCCAACGUCGAAGAUCUUAGGAAAUUCGUAAUAGAUCUCGUCAAGGCGCCGCAAAACUCGGGCAAAGCGCAGGACCUUGAGCUAGUGAGUGCUAUCAAUGCUCUUGCUGUCAGACGGAUGAAGGAGAAGAGUGCCAAGUCUGCACAGAAGCUACUUAACAUGGCCAUCUCAUUCCUCGGCUCGGAUGAUAGUAGCGAUGCUAACGAAAGUCUGUUGAGGAUGAAAGCGAUCACGCUGAAUAACAAUGGGUGCGCGGCAAGAAGGCUGGGAGAUGAUUCCUUGGCAUUCCAUUGCUUCAAACAAGCUCUGAAGCUGAACCAAUCCCUCCGCAGCAGAUUGAUUGGAAGACUGAAACAAGAUCGUGAGAGCUCUGCGAGACUCGUCGGGCCCAAUGCUUGCGCUCCUCUCCUCAACAUUUCCAUCCUGCAACUUCAAUCAGGAGAGAUCGAGAGCUCGUUGGACCAUGCGCGGGAGGCUCUCAAUACUAUAUGGGAGAACGCUAAGGAGAGGAUAGACAUGCUUAUCUGUACAUACCGAGUUUUGAGCAUCGCCUACCUCAGGUAUGAGAUCAACUACUGUCGGGAAUCAGCACUGUCCACAUGCAGCAUGUACUACGGAGAAGACAGCUCGACGCUGAAGAAGCUGAAGGAUUGGAACGACUCACUGCACCUGUUCCGAGAUGUCUGUUCCAAGAUUCAUGAGGAGCAGCCAGAAGAUGAGGAGUUGGGAGAUGAAGAUGAAGACAAGGGGGUUGGACAACUUUCAGAGAGUCAAGUGCCGAGUCAUAACAUCCCCCAGACUCCUCCGAGGGACUUCUUGAAAGUCUCACCUCUCCCGUCAAAGUCUCGAAGGAGAUGGAUCUUCGAUUCCAACCCCGGAACAAUCUAUGACAGCCAGCUUUUGUCGAAGAUGAAAAAGGUGGUGUGUUGGAAUGCUCGACAGGAGCAGAAGGUUUCUCCCCGACCUCACAAGACCAUUCACUCGUCAACCUCAUUCGUUUCCCCCGCACCCCCGAGAACUGACCAGCCAUCGUCUCGGGACGUGAGAAGGAUGCUUCUGAGAGCCCAGGUGGGGUUUGCAACUCCCAACGCUAAGGAGCGAGUGAGAGAAUGGAUCGUCAACAACAUCGAGGAAGUUCACAAGGACGACGUCAGAACUCGCCAUGUCGACUUGGAAGAGGAAAGAGCCUCCCAGUAUGCCCAUGACAUAGCUGGUGUAUCAGUCCGUCAAUACGCUGAGGGAGCAGCGAUGAAGCAGCACUUGGAUGCUUCGGGUGCGAGCGACGACCAUGAGGAGUGUGCUGUGAUACGAACAACGGGAGGCAAGAGAUGCCUGCCUGAUGGGAGGAAUGUGGGGAAGCGAAAUGAGAAAGAGAGGGCGGUGAAUAGAAUCAACGUGAAGGUGAACGGCAAUGGCGCAGAUUAUGAUGGCUAA